ACUCAUAAAUAACACAGUGUAGAUGACUGAGUCACUAUGUAGAUUUGGCACUGCCAUUCAUACAUUGAUUACCAUACACAUUUGGUGUUCAUGGACGUUGUUUUACAACGGAUUCCACAUAUCAACCAGUUGAAGUACUGCAGAGAGUAUGCGAAAUGGAAUACGCAGAUUCGUUUGCUUCUGAUGCAGACGUGCCGCAAAAGGUAGUAGACAAGAUACAUAAGAACGUCCUUAACCCAGAUCUUGAAAAGGAAGUAGAAGAUGCAUUCAACUUGUUUGACAGAGAUGGAGAUGGGCAUCUAACGGUAUUUGAAUGCCAAGCGGCAUUCAGAGCGCUAAGACUAAACGCAAGUAGAGAAGCGGUGAAAGCAAUGUUUGCAGAAGCCAACAAAACAGACAACGAUACACUCACGCUAUACGAUUUCAAGACACUAGUGAUACAAGUUAUCCAUAAACGUUAUAACGCAGGAGAGGCUGCAAAGAUAUUCGCAUUACUGGAAGACGGCACAGGCAAAAUUACAGCAGAAAGCAUCAGAAACAUCGUUGAUGAAUUAGGGAUGUCAUUGGAUGACAAACAUAUACAGCUAAUGAUUGCAGAAGCAGCAAACGGCAAAAAUUAUGUCACAUACGAACUAUUCAGAAAGGUACUCAAAAUCGCAUGGAGAGGUGGAAUCAAUGACGAUAUUGAUGAUGAAGAAUAAUCUAAGUGCCGCCUCAAGGAGGCACAUAUAUUCAUCGCCGAUACCAAUUGUAACAAUUUUCAAU